AUGCGAUCUACAAAACUUCCAAAAAGCGAUUCAACUGAUAGUGGAAUUGGUAGUAAUUCAUCAAGUACUUGCUCACAAUACUCAAAACAACAAAAACCUAAACGACAAAAUAACAGUAAAACGUUUAAUAUAUGCAAUAGCCGUAUAAAUCCCUCUCCGCCUCCUCCUCCGCCACCUGUUCCAGUUCCAUAUGACUGCUCUCUUCAUCGUACACCUCAUCUAUCAAAGAAAAAACCCAAUAUAUCAUCUAAACCAACUCAAAAUAUACGCUCAAAACAAAAUCUACCUUCUCGUCUUUCUUUACUUGUACCGCAAAUGCCAACAGUUGUUACCAAGAAAAAAUCAUCGAGUUUUAAUGUACAAGAUACACGAUCACCACUUACUCGACAAUUAACUCAACAUGGAGAUAUAACAACACGUCUUUAUACAUAUGCAGCAUCAACUUCAUCAGCAACUCCAUGUUCAAUGAUGCUCAAACGAAAUACAUCACUUUUACCUAUACUUAUUCAAUCAAGUUCUUGUAUAGGAAUUCAACCACGAGAUAAUCAUUCAACAAAAUUAGAUUAUAAUUUAGAUGAAGAACACAAAGAAAAUCUCACUCCUAUUAAAGAUAAUAAUGAUGAUUAUUAUCAUUUACUUGAUUAUAAACAUUUAAUAAAUCGUUUACCUAAAUCCGUUAUUUCGAAUUGUCCACGUUAUGGAAAAGAUGAUUAUGGAAUAUUAUAUGAUCAAUUAGCUCAUAUCCGUAAGAAAAUGCCUCAUUCAAAUAUUUAUGAUGAAUAUGCAAGAAAUAGUUAA